AUGGCGGGCGGCUCCCGGCACCCUCGGCCUACGGAGUUCGGAGCCCUCCUCCCGCCCCCCUCCCUGUUCCCUAGGCCGUCACCCCUGUGGCGACACACGCCGGUAGACCCUCUGUACACACUGUCAAGUGAGAAGGACCAUUCAAUCAAUAUCCACACUCAGCUUGGUGAUAAAGUGGUAAAAGCACCUAUAUUGAGAAGUAUGGCUACUGGAUUGAUUCAUUUCCCAGCCUGCAGUUUGUGCCUGAAGGGCAAAGAUCCAGUGCCUGCAUUUAUUGCUCGAAGAUGGAGGGCUCAGCAGGGCCUGGAGGCUCUUCAGCAGCUUGCUGUAGCUCAGUCUUCUCUUCAGAUACCUCAGAUUGUGUAUGAAGAUCCUGAAGUUGAUGGAAGGAAUCGCUACAAAUAUUUGUACAGUAAGGAAUGA